GCGCCGUCCAUCCCGUCAUGCAAUGCGGAUCCAAGAUGGCGGCCCCCAUGCAGCGGGGCUUGUCCCGGCUCCUGCCGCUCGGGCGGUGCCUGCAGGGUGUAGAACCCUUACUCAGUCCUACUAGACUGACUCAGACCUCGCUUCUGGUCCCAGUGAGAACAAAGAGACGGCACUUUGUCCCUCCUUCUGUCAAUGCCAAGCAUAUGACUCAGGAGGAGCAGAAGCUGAAAGCCAGGGCUGCAGGCAUUGUGAUCCCUUAUGAGCCCCCAGAACGCCCCAUCCAUCUUGCCUGCACAGCUGGAAUUUUUGACCCCUAUGUGCCUCCUGAGGGUGAUGCCCGCUUGUCUUCUCUGUCAAAGGAGGGGCUGAAGCAAAAGGCGGAGCAGCUGAAGCAGAGUGCCGCUUCACAAUUAGCAAUCCGGAAGGUAAAAGAUUAUGAUCCUGACUUCAGCACUAGAACAUUCCCGGAGAAGGCCCAGGAGAUAUUCAUUGAAGCUCACAAUUGCCUGACAAAUUUCAACAAGCAGAAACUUCACUCCCUGGUGACUGAACGCUGCUACCCGGAAAUGGUGCGUGGGAACAGAUACAAUACCAUCCGCUGGAACUUUGUGGAGUCGCUGGAGCCUCCCAGGGUGGUUCAGAUUCGGUGCCCAGAUAUGGUGAACAAGGGCAACCUGUAUGGACAGGUGACAGUCCGCAUGCACACCCGGCAGACCUUGGCUAUCUAUGACCGGUUUGGGCGGCUGAUGUACGGUGGGGAGCAGGUGCCGAAAGACGUCUUGGAGUAUGUCGUAUUUGAGAGGCACCUGGUCAACCCUUAUGGCUCUUGGAGGGUACACGGCAAGAUCGUGCCAGCCUGGGCUCCGCCAAAGGACCCCAUUAUCAAGACGGUGAUGGUCCCUGGCCCCAUCCUGGACCCCUCGCAAGAAUUUGAUGAGAUCCAGUAUGAAAUGCCAAAGUCCAAACGGACGCAGUGGUACAAAUAACGGCAGAUGGAUGGGGCAGCGACGGCGGGUGAGAAAGCAAUAGGCCAGAGACGUGACCGCUCUUCGGUUGUGUGAUCAGCAUGACUGCGGGCCUCUAUUCCAACUGAGCGGAGACGCCAUCAGAGAAGUCUGUGCAGAGAAACUUACAACGAGCAGAAUGCUGCCUGGCGCGGGUCGGCUCUUCCCCAUACCACACGCCGUCAAGUGUGCUGACUCUCAAACUGUAUCAGUUUUGCUCUGGAGACCAGUAAUCCCCCAUCUUCAGAAUUGCUCAUUAAGCAACCCUCAGUGCAGGGACUGAUGUCCCUGCUUCAUUGGCCAGAGGAGUGUGUAUGGGUGUGGAGUACCGUUCUUUUCUUUUUUCCUUCCCCUAGUUUGCCUCGGUGGGUGGUGCCCACGCCUCGAUUCUGUGAUUCUGAACCCCCUGUUCUCCUCCCUUGCUUGUGCCCCUAUAGUCACAAUAACAAUCUGUGGGAGACGAGCGUCAAACUCUCCCGUUCGAAGGUUGGAAACCAGGCUGUAAAUUGCCGUCCACCCAUCUUGCACCCAGAAAUGGGGAGCUCCCAAAUGGGGUUGUAAUACUGCGCCUGUAAUGUAAUAAAACACCAUGGGCUUGUUGACCCAGAAAGGUGUGUAAAUUA